GAUUUAUGUCAGUUUUGUAGUAUUGUCUUCUUUUUUCUCCGUCAAUACAAAACUGCCCUCAAAUUUGUAUACAAAUUAAAUAAAUUUCUAAUAAAAUAAGGUAUUUGUAAAAAAAUAUGGCUUCUGUAAUGGACGUUGAUGAAGAAGAAGUCGAGAUGGCUUCCUCGAGUAGUGGUAAAGGAGAUAAAAAAAGAUUCGAAGUUAAAAAGUGGAACGCCGUCGCAUUGUGGGCCUGGGACAUUGUGGUGGAUAACUGCGCCAUCUGCCGUAAUCAUAUAAUGGAUUUGUGUAUAGAGUGUCAAGCCAAUCAAGCAUCAGCCACCAGCGAGGAAUGUACAGUUGCAUGGGGAGUCUGUAAUCAUGCCUUUCAUUUCCACUGCAUCUCACGUUGGUUGAAAACGCGCCAAGUUUGUCCCUUAGACAACAGAGAAUGGGAGUUCCAGAAGUAUGGACAUUAGAGGGCUUGGCUUCAUGACUCAAACACAAGAUCUAACCGUAAUAUUAAUAUCUUAAUCGCAUUAAGUUCUUAAUAAAAUUACUCAAUAUUAGAAUUUCAUUAUUAAUUUCGCGAAUUACUGUAAAAUUGUUUUAUUAAAAAAUACCUUGUAACGAGAAGAAUAUAAAAAUAGUAAAUAUUCUGACUGACAAUAUGAAAUGUUUAUUUUUUUGGAUAACAAUUUAUUCACUUUGAAAUUAUGUUGCUACUGUAAUAUAUUAAAGAAAAAACCAAGAGCGUGCCGAACACACAUUUGGAAUCUUUGUAAAUUAAUAAAGUUACUAAAACAUUUUGCA